CAAGGACAAAGAACAGAACAAUAGACGAGACAUGAUCGCGAUUUGAACCCACAAGGCUGAAGAAGCGACUUCGUAGCACAGAUAAAAAGAGGUUGAGGUAGACGACCUAGACGCGACAAAAGCAACAUAAUAAAUGGCGGGUGGCGUGAUGAAACUUCUGUUUUCCGACCAUCUUCAGGCUGCUCAGCACGAGCACCACCAUCACGCAGCGACAAGUUUCAAUGGGAUCCCGUCUUUUGCUACUGGCAUCAACAGCCAAGGGUAUUCUCCACCCUUCAAGACCGAUGAUCUGUACAACACGCUGCGUCAGGCGGCGAGUGCAAACGAUCGAGCCUGGGUUGCUGCGAACACGGCACAAAAUGCGCUGUCGGCCGCAACGGCCGCGGUUCAGCAAGCGGUGAUGCUCAUCAUGAACCAGAAAGCCACAGGACCCCCGCUCACCGAAGCUACUCCCUUCGGGAUGCAAACACCCGCGACCACCGCGGCGCAGGGAAUGGGUAACACAGUUGGAGUUGCUUUUUCGACAACUAUGUAUGACUAAAACUAUUCCUGAUUUAAGUUUGACUUUUUUGGUUUUAUCGUCCUCAUGGGGCUGGGCACGAUUUAGAUUUACCAGACACAUUCUCAAAAUCCUGUUCCUACCAGGUAGGAACAGGAUUUUGAGAAUGCGUCCGAGACAGAAAACGAAAAAACGGAAUGUGAACAUUUACCUUUGAAAUAUAAAUUUGAAAAACUUUAUUGCAGCCGCAAUGAGUGGGGUGACCGACGUUAAUGCGCUGUGCCUAGGAUCUCCACACGACGGUCUCCUGCAGCACAUGAAUACCGCGAGAAGCAUGCCCGCGAAUCUUGCAAGCGAGCAGCACCAGAAGUGUGUAAGCGCAACUGGAAAAAGUGCAUCAAACACGUACAAGACAAAACGGAGCGGGAACGGCAGGAGAAAUGCGAAAGACAAGGAGCAGGAAAAUCGCAGCACCAGUAAGUGCAAAACGGCAGGCGGGGGCAGAGCCACAGCCGAUGGAUUGCUCAUUGGCGGUGCUUCCGGAGACGACAUUGAUGGGGCCACGUCUCCAGGACCUGUGUCUCCGUUCUUAUGACGAAGACGAGAUAGAGAUAGACUCACUCGGAUACAAAAAACAUUUCGCUUCUCGUCUUUUUGUGCUUGGUUUCGAAUGGUUUCGUUGUUUUUAUAUUGAAAAAAUCCAGUAGCUUAUGUAGUAAAAGUAAGUAUACAAAAUCCAAAUCUUUUUAUACAAAUGAACUUAUCUCUCCCUUUCUGCCUAGUAGCAUUGAUGACGUACAACGAACUGCUCGGAAAUUUCCGCUCAUUGCAAAACCAAUGUGAACAAUCUCUAGUUCUUUCGGACCAAUCAGUUUCAACAAAAAAGAGCUGAGUAUUUGCUCCUGUGCGCAGCCUGAAGAAACUGCCUUCGACCAGCACUGUGGAUACAACGAGGUACAGCAAGGGUAUCAGUUUAAU